AAUUAUUGUUCCUUUCUAUUUCGGUUGAUCCGAUUCAUUUCCAUGUUCCAGCCACCUGUUGUUUGUUUGUCAUUCGAUGGGUUGCUGCGAUCCAUGGUUGGGCAGUCUCUCUCUACUACUAGUUAUUUAUAAUUCAUUAGUUUAGUUAUCUUCUGUUAUCGGGUUGUCCUAGCUAUGUCGUAACUAAAUUCAACUUGGUCAGGUCUCACGUUGACUUGUUUUAGGGGUUGUUGAGGUCAGAUACAGUGUUGUCAGUCACCCGUACAAUUUAUAACUAGUUUGGAAUGUCAUAUAAUCAGAUUUCAAAUCUUAUCAAAUUUGCCUUUUUGUAAAUAGGUAAAAAGUAUCAGUAAAUUAUUCUGGUCGUCAUAAUAUCAUCAAUACUCAUUUGCCCUUACAAAAAUGUGUAAAGUCUUCUGUAUAAAGUUAAAAAACAAAGUGUUUAUUCAAGAAUUUAUUGUUAGUAAAAUGUAAUUAGUAAAUAGUUUUCUACAUAUAAGGUGCAUUGGGAAUAAAAGGAAUUAAAUUUAUCGCGAAAUACUGACAAUAAAAAAAAAUGGAAAAGAAAUAGUAAAAAAAUAAUUGUUUUAGCAGUGCUCCAGCAUGGCCUUAACUGUGCUGGUUAAAGCAAACUAAUGAACUUCAGAAUGAAAAAAAAGAAAGAAAAAAGAAAGAUGGAAAUAAAACAGUUUUUCAUUUUGUCCACCACCAACUUCUUCCACUACUUAUAAACCAACCAACCAACCAACAACCAACCAACUUCACCAAUCAAUCAAUCAAUCAUUUAUUACUUUACUGGUCAGCAGCCAAGUCAGACAUGAAUGACAUCAUGCUAACCAAUAUUAACUUCCCCCCCACCCCCACAUACUGUAAUCCUCAUUUUGUGUACUGACUGUUUUUGUUUUUGUCUUAGUAUUUUUUGUCAACUCUUAGAGAGAGUGGUAGCCUUAACAAACUUACUCUGCUUAUUGAGGAAAAAGAAAAAAAAAAAAGAAGAAAAAAUACAGCAACAAACAGCGCACGCACGCACCCCUUUAACUCAUUCACCCCUUCCUCUUCCGAGGAUGUCUGAAUGACCUGUGUAUGGUAACAUCAAAAGAACCCCUUACAAACACAUACCCCUUCUGCAAUCAUACAUCACUGUAUUAAUGAUUUCCUUCUUUAUAUGAACUUCCAACAUUCUUUACUGAGACCCUUCCCCUCUUGCCACUGCUACAUGUACACCCAUUCCACUUUACGUUUCCUUUUUUCGUAAGAAUCUUCCACAACAUUCUCAUUAUUUAUCAUCAUCAUCAUCAUCAUACUAUUUUCAUUUACUUAUUUUAUUAAUUUUUUUUUUUCCUCCACCUUAUUACCUAUUAUCGUGUAUCCUUUUUUGUUGUUAUUUGUUAUUGAUUAAUUUUUCUGCCUGCUGCUAGCUUUCACAAAGUUUUGUUCAGGUGUGGACAAAUUACUACAAGCACACUUGUUGCAUGUGGCUGAAAAUCAACAUGUCGGUGGUGCAUAUAGAUCCUCAGUUAGCAGGGAAUGAUCUCGUUUCCUUACAUGCCUCCAUCCAUAGAUGAUAUUCAAUUAUCUGUUUAUAUAUAAUUAAAGAAAAAAGUUGAAGUGAGAAAAAAAAAAUAUAUACGGGCAAAAAAAAAAAAAGAAUUAAAAAAAUCUGGAAGGAAGUCACCGUGUUCUUGUGUUCCCUUGGAGUUUGCAACUAUGUUAUGUUACUUAAGGUGGAAAUAACAGGUGGAAACUGUACAUAAUUUGUUACCGGCAUGUACCACCAGGUAAAUGGACAAGAUCUUUCACAAUCGACUCAUGAAGAAGCUGUCGAAGCUUUUCGAAGUGCAAAAGAACCCAUUGUGGUAGAAGUACUGAGGAGAGCAAACAAGGCUAAAAUGAAAAGUCGGUCUCCAACGAUGGUAUCCGUUGGAACACAGACCGAGGAGGAGAUUUUCUGCAGCAAUGAGAGUCCUCCCACACCACCACCUGGAUUUUAUGCUUUCAAUGGCUCUGGAUUAUAUCAACCAUCUUCACGACGUCCCGUAGCCUUUUCACCAAGUGCUGAUAUGGGAUUAACGGAUAUUGAAAUGGCUCAUGCAUAUGAAUUUGAAGACCCUUAUUUUGAUGAUGAUCGGGCUUAUGAUAUGGAAUAUGAGUGGUUUCCACGUGUAUUUCGUAAGGAAGUAAUCCUUCAUCGAGAUAAUAAUGAAAAGUUGGGCCUAACUCUUUGUUAUGGAUCCUUGGACGAUGACAUGACUGAUAUAUUUAUUGGUGAGGUUGAGAGUGACAGUAUUGCUGCCAAAGAUGGUCGAAUCCACCCUGGGGAUCAAAUUCUGCAGAUCAAUGGUGUUGAACUUCAUGGUCGAAACCAAGCAAUUAAACUUUUUACAGAGUCCACAUUGGAUAUCUGUCUUCUUGUUGCUCGCCAUCAAAUCCAGAUGGAUGAUGGAUUUAUGGAGGAGCACAACAUGGUGCUGGAUGAUAUUUUAGAGGAGCAACAUCAUGAAAAAAUGCAGUUCAUGGCAGGAAUGCUCAAUGAGGUUCAUAUGGAUGAAGAAGGUGCUACAACAGAUACAGGAAUGACAGAAAAUUCGUGCCUGAAGCUGGAGAAAGAUAGUGGAGUGGGACGUACUGAUGAAAGCACAAAAAAUGAAGAAAGUUCAGAGCAGGAAACCUUUGAUGGGGAAAGUGUGUGUCCAGCAAGUUUGCAGUUUGGUACAGAAGGAGAAUUCCGACAACGUCAUGAAAGCUUUACUUCAACAGACCAAGACUAUGUCAGCCAUGAAAUACCUGUUGAUGUUUGUGACAGGUUCCGAGAAGUGCUAGAGGAUCGCUGUGGCAGUCCUCGUAAAGAAAGGAGCCGCAAGGAUUCCCAGGGUAGUAUCAACCGUGAGUUAGCCAUGCUUGAUAAAGAAAUGAAAGAAAUUCAAAUGGAAUGCCAAGAACUUGUCCGUGCACAUAUGAGAGAGCAACAAAAAAUACAGCUUCAACAGAGAGAAAUGUUACGAUAUGAACCACAAAGGAGUCCCCGUAUUGUACCCAGAAUGGGAACAAGAUUGGAAUACAUAAAGCAUACAGGUCUUACCCAUGAGCAAGCAGAGAGCAGUAAUAAUGCUCGCAAAGAAAGCAAUCAAACCCCCAAACUCAUUCCCCAAUCUAUGAUAACUGAUAAAGAGAAGGACCCAGCUACGACUAGUGCCUAUAAUUCAGGUGAGAGCUGUCGUAGCACACCGUUGACCCUUGAGUUGAACCAAGUGUCCGACGACAGCGAUAAAGGACUGCGUAACUCAAUGUUGUGUCUUGUGCCACCUGCUGGCCGAACGUCAGGUAGCGACACAGAAAAGCAGACACAGACACCCACUAAAGCCCAUGAUCAUUCAAGCGAUGACAGUCUGAAACUUAAAAAGAAUUUAUCUUUUACCCAAAAUUCGUCCAAAGUCAAUCAUAGGUCAGGUAACCUAAAAAGUUGCGAAAGCAUGGGUGAGUCAUUACAAGACAUUUAUAUGCGUUACUCUGAUGUCAUGUACACUAACCAUGCCAAUUUGGAACAUACUAUUGCUAUUCAACAGAAACUUUUCCAACAGCAGCUGGAGCAACGCUCUCGCAUAAAAGGUCAUAGCAGCAGCGGGGGUCGCGGUUCCGAUGGUCAGCAGGGUGAGGCUUGUGCUGGUGCACAAUCAUCUGAUGGCUGCCAGAUGGAAUGGGUGGUGAAGCGUCGGCCAGAUGGUACUCGUUACAUAACACGGCGUCCAAUUCGCAAUAAGAUGUUGAAAGAGCGAGCUAAAAAGAUUUCAGAAGAGCGUGCAGGCAUGACAACGGAUGAUGAUGCAAUGAGCGAAUUGAAAGUUGGGCGUUACUGGCCAAAAGAGGAACGUAAGAAACACAUUGAGAAAGCACGUGAUCAGAAACGUAAGAAAGAAUUGAUGAUGAAAGCCAAAAUGGAAACCUUAAAGGAAGAAGACAAAAAAGAGGUGAACAUUCUAGAAUUGAGUCAUAGAAAAAUGUUAAAACAUAAAGGCAAAAAAGUGCUAGAUGAUUUUGUAACUGUACAGGAGAUGUUAGCCCAUGGCAGCCGAGUGGCUGAAGGCAAAACCUACAAUCCUUUACUCUCAGUAACAACUGUGUGAUAAAAAAAAAUGACAAAACAAGUUUUAUAGAUAUACGUGCAUACUUACACACAAAUAUAAAUAUAUAUAUAUAUAUAUAUAUAUAUACAUAUAUAUAUUACAAACACGCAUAUACAAUGCAUAUAUACUUACAUAUACACUUUUUAAAAAAAGAAAAUAAAACACACAAAGACAGACCAAUGGAAACAUAGAAACAGUUUAUAGAAAUUGUAAUAAUUAAAUGAAGAAGAGAAAGAAAAAUUUAAACCAUAACAAUCAUAAAUAGUGAAGUUCUUUCACUAGGAAUAUGGCCAAUUUUGUACGGUCAUUUGAAUUGAUGCCAGUAUAUUACUGGUAUAAAAUAAUAAUAAUAAUAAUGAAGAUGUUGAUCGUUUCUAACACAAAUGCUAAAGUAUCAAUGGAACAGAGCUUCUAAAAGUAAAAAUUUCAAGAAAAAAAAA